AUGGAGAAGAUUUGGCAUCACACUUUCUACAACGAGCUUCGUGUGAAUCCUGAACAAUAUAAUAUUCUUCUCACAGAGGCACCAAUGAAUCCAAAAGCAAAUCGUGAAAAAAUGACACAAAUUAUGUUUGAAACUUUCAACGUGCCCGCGAUGUAUGUAAGCAUUCAAGCUGUUCUCUCGCUAUAUUCGUCUGGUCGUACAACUGGUAUUGUCCUUGAUGCAGGUGAUGGUGUGACUCAUACAGUUCCCAUUUAUGAGGGAUACUCAUUGCCCCAUGCAAUUCGUCGAGUGGAUAUGGCGGGGCGUGACCUUACAGAAUAUCUGAUGAAGUUGUUAACAGAAAUCGGUAUGACUUUUAUGACAACUGCUGAAAAGGAAAUUGUACGAAAUGUCAAGGAGCAGCUCUGUUAUGUUGCAUUAGAUUUUGAAGAGGAGAUGACAAGCAGUGCGAAAUCAGCGAAUUUGGAACCGUAUGAGCUACCUGACGGAUCGAUGAUUCAUAUAGGCAAUCAGCGCUUCCGUUGCCCUGAAUGUUUGUUUAAACCAUCCUUGAUUGGACUUGAUGAAGUUCCAGGCUUCCCUGAAAUGAUCUAUCAAUCUAUAAACAAGUGUGAUAUUGAUGUGCGACGUGAUUUAUAUGGUAAUAUUGUUCUUUCUGGUGGAUCUACGAUGUUCAGAAAUCUACCGGAGCGAUUGAGUAAAGAGGUGACAAAUCUUUCACAAUCGUCAAUUAAACUAAAGGUUGUGGCACCACCGGAGCGAAAAUACAGCGUAUGGAUUGGUGGAUCAAUUCUGUCAUCCUUGAGCACAUUCCAGCCUAUGUGGAUCACAAAGGCAGACUACGAUGAAGUGGGACCAUCUAUUGUACAUAACAAAUGCUUUUAG